AUGGACAGUGAGGUACAGAGAGAUGGAGGGAUCUUGGAUUUGAUUGAUGAUGCUUGGGAAAGGGACAAGCUGCCACAUGAGGAUGUUGCAAUACCUCUGAAUGAGCUUCCUGAACCUGAACAAGACAACAGCUGCACCUCAGAAUCUGUUAAAGAAAAAGAAAUGAAGUGAACUGACAUAACUUUAUAGUAUCUCCAUGAGAACAUUCUACCCCCGACGCUCCCACCGCCACUGCCAUAA